CCUGCCUGGCCAGCUGCCACUUGUGGCACAGUAGGUCUGUGCCCGUGGGCGUCACAAUUUCUAUUUGCAGUCUUCCAUUGACCAUGUCUAUGCAUGAUUAUUAUGUCAUUUAUGCUGGGCGUCGCUGCUGAUUUAUUCACUGUAGAACAUUCCUGCAACCUGCAAGGCCGUUGUCAAGACCAUGAGAGGAGCUGUUGGGCGUGACAGGAAGAGGACAGAAGGGGCACUGGAGCUGGGAAAGGUUAUUUUGGAUAAAGACAUUGUACCAUUUGAAAGUAUUCAGACUGAUAAUAAGACUGUACAGAAAAUUAUAACCAAUCAUCACAAUCAUAUACGGAGGCACGUCGAUCCACCAGCUGCUAAUAUGCUAAAAAUGGAAUGGAGCCCAAUUCUGGCAGAAUCAGCAAAAAAAUGGGCAGAUUGCUGCUAUUUGAAUCACAGCACCGUAAAACACAGAACACUGAAAGGCAGUGCUUGUGGAGAAAAUAUCCUGACUUCACCCGUACCUAUGUCAUGGAAAACGGUCAUCAAUCGGUGGGAGGCAGAGAAAAAAUUCUUAUACUUUGGAGUAGGGGCUGCAGUUGGUAAGGUUAUUGGACAUUUCACUCAGCUUGUUGCAGAUAACACAUAUCAAGUAGGAUGCGCUACUGCAUAUUGCGGAGAUUACUUCUAUGUCUGUCAUUAUUAUACUGCAGGAAAUGAACCUGAAACCCUCUACACUCCAUAUAAACCAGGGAAACCAUGCAGUGAGUGUAAGAAAGCCUGUGAUGGUAACAAGCUGUGCUUGAAUUAUUGUCCAUUUGCAAAUUUGGCGUCCAAUUGUAUCAAGGCGAUCUAUUACGACUUGUGCCAUUUUCAUGAUGUAAAACGUCAGUGCAGAACCGCGUGUGAAUGUAAGGGGAAAAUAAAAUAAACCCAAUAUGUCCCUGCAGGACCCUUCCCUUGGAUUUCGGGUUCUUUGUAUGUUGCAUUUGACGAUCCGUAGCACAGCAGUGUAACAUAUUUUACUGAAUAAAGAUGUAAA